CUGAGUCAGUCAGUCAGCUGCUGUUUUUCCGCGGCAUCAUCCGACCGACCCUCCCUCCUUCAUAUUCCGGCCGUCCUCAGGUAGAGGGAGAGAGAGAGAGAGAUGGCGGCGAACCUGUUGGAGACGUACGCCUGCGUGCCGUCGACGGAGAGAGGCCGGGGGAUCCUCAUCUCCGGCGAUCCCAAGACAAACGCCAUCGUCUACUGCAACGGUCGCUCCGUCAUCAUCCGCUACCUCGACCGCCCCCUCGAGGCCGUCGUCUACGGGGAGCACGCCUACCAGGCCACCGUCGCCCGGUUCUCCCCCAAUGGCGAGUGGAUCGCGUCGGCCGACGUCUCCGGCACCGUCAGGAUCUGGGGGAGGCACAACGAGCACGUCCUCAAGAACGAGUUCCGCGUUCUCUCCGGCCGGAUCGAUGACCUGCAGUGGUCUCCCGACUGUCAGCGGAUCGUCGUCUCUGGUGACGGCAAGGGCAAGUCCUUCGUGAGAGCUUUCAUGUGGGACUCAGGAUCAAAUGUUGGUGAAUUUGAUGGCCAUUCAAAACGUGUAUUGAGUUGUGCAUUUAAGCCAUCAAGACCUUUCCGUAUUGUCACAUGUGGAGAGGACUACUUGGUGAAUUUCUAUGAGGGGCCACCAUUUAAGUUCAAAUUGUCACAGAGGGAGCAUUCCAACUUUGCCAACUGUAUAAGAUUUUCGCCUGAUGGAAGUAAGUUCAUCAGCGUAAGCUCUGAUAAGAAAGGUAUAUUGUAUGAUGGUAAGACAGGAGAAAAGAUUGGGGAGCUAUCUUCUGAGGACAGUCACAAGGGUAGCGUUUAUGCUGUUAGCUGGAGUCCUGAUGGCAAAGCGGUUCUGACAGUUUCUGCAGACAAAACUGCAAAAGUAUGGGAGAUUGGUGAAAGUGGAAAUGGCAAAGUGAAGAAGACACUUAACUCUUCUGCUUCAGGAAUAGAGGGAAUGCUAGUUGGCUGUCUAUGGCAAAAUGAUCAUCUAGUCACCGUCUCCCUUGGUGGAAUUAUUAGCAUGUAUUCUGCCAGUGACCUAGAAAAGGCUCCUGUAUCAUUUUCUGGGCACAUGAAGAGUGUCGCUGGUUUGGCAGUCUUCUCUGAAGGUGGCCAGAAAGUUAUCCUAUCUAGCAGCUAUGAUGGGGUGAUUGUACGAUGGAUACAAGGAAUUGGAUAUGCAGGGAGAUUGGAGAGAAAGGACAAUUCCCAAAUCAAAUGUUUUGCGGUGGUGGAAGGACAGCUGACUACAUUUGGUUUCGAUAACAAGGUAAAGAGAAUUCGUUUGCUUGGUGAUCAAUGUGGUGAUGAAGAACAAAUUGAUAUUGGCACACAACCGAAGGACUUAAAUGUUGCACACAACAGUCCUGAGCUUGCUUUGCUUUCAACAGAUUCAGGAGUUGUCAUGCUUCAUGGAUCCAAAGUGUUGUCAACUUUGAACCUUGGGUUUGCUGUGACCGCAUCUGCAAUUUCACCUGAUGGGAGUGAGGUUAUUGUUGGAGGUCAAGAUGGGAAACUCCAUAUUUAUUCUGUCAAUGGGAAUACACUUACCGAGAAAUCAGUCCUGGAGAAGCAUCGUGGUGCUAUUAGUGUCAUACGUUUCUCCCCAGAUGCCUCUAUGUUUGCUUCUGGUGAUCUUAAUCGUGAAGCUGUUGUAUGGGAUCAUACUACCCGAGAGGUUAAGCUGAAGAACAUGUUGUACCAUACUGCUCGUAUAAAUUGCUUGGCUUGGUCUCCUGAUAGCACAAUGGUUGCUACAGGGUCUCUAGAUACAAGUGUAAUCAUAUAUGAUGUUAAUAAGCCGGCUUCUCAUCGUAUAACUGUAAAAGGCGCACACUUGGGAGGUGUCUACGGGCUAGCAUUCAAUGAUGACCACACUAUUGUAAGCUCUGGCGAAGAUGCAUGCAUCCGUUUGUGGAGACUAGUGCAGCAAUAGCAGAAUCAUAACCAUAGUUAAUACUUGAUUUGGUUUUGGAAGCUUUUUGUGUUAGCCUUGUUGGUAACCUUUACCAAAAACAAAUCUCUGUUUUUGUGAAAAAGUCCCUCUGCAUCUUCUGCUUGAAGAAUGGUGUUGUGGUAGGUGUUUGAUAUGUAGAAGUGAGUUUUGGCCUCUGUUGAUUAUAUUGGAUGAUGUGUUGUUGGGUGGUGUUUUCUUCUCUCUUUUUUAUCAGUCUGAUCGGCCAUUAUAGACAUGCCAAGGCGGGUGUUGUGUGUAUGCAGUUAUUGAUUUUAUUGAUUUGUUUGUUGGUGGAAUGCUGAUGAAAAUAAUCACACUUAACUUUUUGUUGGA